AUGACGUGUUUUGAUGAUAUGAGUGCGGAUUUGUUAAUAAAAAUAUUUAACUAUCUUACAUUUACUCAAAUUUUUCAUGCAUUUUUUGGUUUACAAAAACGUCUCAAUAAUGUCAUUCAAGGUUAUCCUACAUGCAUGGAUUUAUCGAAGAUAAUGAAUAAUCCUAAUAUUCAGCGAUUUUCAUUCAAAUGUCGAUCGCUUACAUUAUCUGGUUUAAAUUUACAUUCAUUUCCAAUGAAAUAUUCUCAUUGGAAUUUUACAGCACUUCGAGUUGUUGCGUUUAAAAAAAUGGAUCUUUUUACAUUACAGUCAUUUGUUGAAAAAUUACCUAUGCAACAACUUGAAUCAAUAACAGUUGAAUAUUUUACUUGGCAUUAUUAUCCAAUAGAUGCUUAUAAACAAGUUUGGUCAGUCAUUAUGAAUUCUAUUAAUGGUAAUUGUCUUCGCUAUUUACAUUUACCAUAUCAUAUACGAUAUUGGAAUACAAAAGAAGUUUCAUACGAUUUCUCAGCUUUAAAAUAUGCUAUUCUUGAGUAUAUAACAGUUAGUCAAAUGUUGACAUUUAUGAGUUAUUGUCCUAAUCUUCGUCAAUUUAAAGCUUUUCUUCAUGCUCCACAUAAAGAUCUUUUUAGAUAUACAAUUAUUCUUUCCAAGCUCAGUCAUCUAAUAUUGAAUCUUCAAGAUGAAUGGACAGUUGAAGAAAUUCAACAACUCUUAAAUAUAUGUCCUUAUUUAAAAUAUUUAAUUCUUAAAUUAACAGCACAAACAGAAAAGAAGAUUAUGUUUGAACCAAUAACAUGGCAAACAGUAAUCGAUAAUAAAUUGCCAUAUUUAAUCUUUCUAAGACUUUAUUUGAACUGUAUUAUUGAAUAUUCAGAUACGAAAGAUUAUAAUUUUCAAGAAACAUUUAAUCAUGCUGAAUAUUGGCUUCGACGACAACCUCAUUUUCAAGUAACAAUUAACGUAAUUCAGCAAGAUCUUCUUAUGUAA